AUGUUUAUAUUUCUCACAAAGCACAAAUCAAUUCAAUGUGGUGAAUUUGAAAACCAGCUGACACUAAAACAAUGAAAGUUCAAGAUCAAACUAUCGCCCACCUCUAACGCGCUCUGUUUACCAUUCGGCAAGUGCGCGCGUGUGCGUGUGCGUGCGCGCGUGUAUGCCUGUGUAUGUGUGGGGAGAAAGAUGAAAACGGCGCCAACGAUAAGUGACAUUCGGGCAAAGAGAGCGCGAAAAUCAGAGAGAAGCAGCAUACGAAAGAAACGCCGCCAAUCGAGAGGCCAUUAAAAAUUGUGCACACAUUCAAUAUAGAAUAUCCAAUUGCCAAAGGAUCAUAAAAAAAAAGUUAAGAUCGCAAUCGGGAUCGUUGCAGGAAACAUUUAAGCAAAAUCGAUAUCCGAAACUGAAGCUGAAUCUGAAUCUGAAUCUGAAGCGGCAUGGCGGGGAAGCGGCUUAGCCUGAUGCUGGAGGAAAGCGGGCACGAGCACGAACAGCUGCUGGCGACAGAUCGCGACAAUCUGGAGAACACCAAGCCGAGCUCGGCGAAGCGCUACAAGGCGAAUGGCAAACUAAGCACCGAGUCGCCAUUGCAGCGCAUGCUGCAGCGCCAGACUUCCGGCAACUCGAGCAUCCUUUCGCCGAUCACCGAGCUGUCGCAGAACAUGCGUGACACGCUGCUCGAUGGCGGCGGCACGCCAAAGUCCAGCACGCUGCGCAGCUUCAAUAGCGUCUCGUCCAGCUAUGACUCCAGCAACUCGCUGGAUGACGAAUACAUGGCCAUGUUUGAGCUGGAAACGUUGGAGCAGCUGCCGCUGGCCAAGCUGCCUGGCGAUUUGGAUGCACUGAUCAGCGGCCAGCUGAAGACUAGCGAGCACGAGGCAACGCCUAAGAAUCGUUCCGUACGUCGCUGCCUGAGCAUGUCUCAGCAGGAUUCGCUGGAUGCCACGCCCCCAGAGCAGAGCAAAAGCCCGAAUGAUGCACAACUGCCGCACCCGCCCGCUACGAACCAGAUGCGCAAAGUCGUGUCCAUGAAUGAUGCGGACAUACUGAAUGCCCUGGCCGAGGAGCCGGCACUGAUCGGCGAUCUGAGCAAGCCGUGCGCCCUGCCCGUGCUGCUCUCCGGCGUGCGGCACCGGGACCUCAAGACAAUAUCAUGCGAAACCCUGGCCCGUCUGAUGCGCGGCGAAUUCGCCGAUCUGCUGGGCCAUUACCAGAUUAUCGAUUGUCGCUAUCCGUACGAGUUCAAUGGCGGUCACAUACGUGGCGCACUGAAUCUUUACACACGCGCCCAAAUCAAGGAUGCCUUUCCAACGGAGGCAGCUGACCAGUCCGCCGACCAGUCCGCCGGACAGCGCCGCAUUUACGUGUUCCACUGCGAGUUCUCCUCGGAGCGCGGCCCAAAGCUGCUGCGCUAUCUGCGCAACAAUGAUCGCCAUGUGCACACCCACAACUAUCCCUCGCUGGACUAUCCGGAGCUCUACCUGCUGCACAAUGGCUACAAGGAGUUCUUCGCCAGCUACAUGGAGCUGUGCGAGCCCUGCAACUAUGUGCCCAUGCUGGCGCCGGCCCACAACGAGGAAUAUCGUCUGUUUCGCGCCAAGACCAAGUCCUGGCAGUGCGGCGAUAGCGACGGUGGCGACAGCGGCAUUGGCGGAGCAGAAGCCGGCGGCGGCAGCGGCAGCAGCUCAUCGAAACGUUCACGCACCUUGCGUAAGUCGCGCUCCCGGCUGCUCUACGCCGAGUGAUCCAAAAUUGAUAUCAAUACCCCGCCCCCUCUCCCCCAAAAAAUAUAUAGGUAUAAGUGGAUAGGUGAAAAAAUUUAACCAAAGGACGCAAAUUUUAAGUUCCGUUUAGUUGCGUUGUCCAAGUUGUGUUUAAGUGGAAUUCUUGUAUUUGUUAAACUUGAUUUUCGAUUUCUGGUUUUAUUGUUGACGGUUCCAAAAUGUUUUCAAAAUGUCCUCUAGUCAGUGCAACAAAAUUCCUAUUUAAUUAACUUUUUUUUUUCUUUUGUGUUUUUGGCGUUUUACUUAGUUUAGUUCUCAAAUUUUCCCUAUAUUUAAUUAUA